GUCAACCGUUAAAAAUACAUGUAAUAUGUAUAAAGAGGCGUCUUUUGGUGAUGUAAUUGAUUAGUGUCGAUUGUUAAAUAUUAAACAAUAAGCCACGAAUUUUCACUAACACGUUAUCGAUCGACAUAUGUCCACCAUCGGUCUCCCCCCAAAAAACCCACCUGACCACUAGAAAUCGAACUCCGACAAAGCCGCACCGGAAAAUGGAGUAAUUAGGCGGACAAUUCGAUUAUCGGAGAUUCCUCCAAUGGAGAUAUUCAGUCUAUACAGUUAAUAUUAGGAGCGCGCAUUGAUAGCAGUGUUUAGUUAAGGUAGAGAGGAAAAGUGUUAAAAGCUUGCUGUCGGUACUUUAUAUAGCGAGUGAUGUGAUGUAUGAAUUUUAUCUAUACACUUUCAGACAGCGAUACAGUUUUACAAUAUCUAGUAUAGGAACUAAAGUUUUCAUAAAGUGAACUAUGCGCAGUCUUUAAGACACUGACGGAAUAAAGCAACAAUGAGAAGAAUCGUUGACCAGUGCUGUUCUAUUCUAAUUCUGUUUUGUCUUCCGUCUUCACUUUUGAGUAUCCAAAAUAGGAAACCAAACUGCACAUUUCCGGAUUUUUUAGAGAGAGACAAACUCUGGCGCAGUGCGACGGAAUUUCACGACUGGGAAACAAUGUAUUUCAAUGGAGAUUACAUCGAUAUUAGACAAAAUGACCUACGCUUUGAAAAAAGAUGUGAAGAGAUCAUAGACCGUGAAAAAGGAAAAUAUAUAGUGGUUCAUUUACCCAAACAAGGCGGAGUAAACGUAAGGCCUCUGUAUUCGUGUAUGCAGUUUCUUAAAAGGUCUGAUUCUGUGGUUCAAAUCAAAGAAUCAAAUCCUUCAGACUUUACUCUUUCAAUGUGCCACGAACAAAACAUGAUUCUAAAAAAUCGUCCCAUUAUCAAGUUUCCUAUUGAGGACAACGCGUCUAUAAAAUGUCCCUUUUCUGGAGGAUAUAAUUUGAAAAUAACUUACAAAAAUGAACUGAAGUGUGGAUUUUCCGUCAUUUCCCCUCGGUUGGAAAGUGAGUGUGAAGAGGGAGAUGGCGUUACUUUGGAUUUUCGGACAGCCGACUGUAAACUGGAUGACGACCAUGGUCUGAAAGAUAACCUAAGAUGUUUAGCAUCGUGGACAGACAGAACGGCUGAACAUAAUUACACAUUCGUUGUUUUAGCAAAUGAUCGAAGGUUUCCACAGUGUAUGAGAUUGGAAGGAAAUUUGUCAGAUUUGAAAAGAGCCACCUUAUUUCGUGAUGGUAAAUGUGUCGUCAAUGACAGAGACAGUUAUUCGCAGACGAUAGAGAAAGUAAUCCUAGAAUUCGAGAAAAUGGUAGUUUCAAAUCUCUGUGAAAACGAAUUCGACUACUGUUCACAGGAGCCAGCCUGUUCUAAGUACAAAAAAUAUUGCCAUAAGUCGUGUCGCGGCUGCCAACCAGAAACUAACGUAUGCUCAUUUCCCGAGGAAUUGAAAGGCUCUUGGCAUACCGAUUUGAAAUCCACUCCCAGCGUAAUCAACAUAUCUACGUACAACUUGCAUUUGCCUGGCGAAGGCAACUUCAAAUGUGUUGGAAAAGCCAAUUCUACCAAGGAAAACAUAUAUAGACUAGCUCUGCUUCACAUUUUCGAGAACGGCUGCUUUCCUAGAAUGACAUGUUUUGAGUACAAAAAGGCAUCGAAAAUGACAUUAGAGUACAAAUUUGGAAAAAGGGUUGAGUGGCCACUGUUUCCGCUUGAUAAAAUGAUAUCAGAAACAUGCCAAAAUAAGCAGUUAAGGAAACCGUUCUCUAUAGCCGUGAAUGGGGCUUCAAUUUAUACCACUAGUUGCCAACUUCCCAGUGAUUUCGGUUUUAAAUCUGGUCAUAUUUAUCUUCGGGAUUCCAAAUCGCAAGAUUAUUGCAUUGCUUAUUAUGAAUAUACUUUAACUAGAAGUGACAAAUUCAAUAUGGUGGAUAUCAAUACUACAGAACCCGUAAACAGGGAACAUCUGUGCCUGUCAUCUGAACAAUUCCAAGAUGGCAGUGUAUUUGUGAUCACGACAUCGCUGUCCGACAGGUCAUACAAAUGUUGGGGAUUCAUGGGAAGUGGUCAGACGCGAAGAAUCGUUCAACUUAGUCUCGAACAUUGCAAUAAAAACUCACUUAACUUGUUAAUACACGGUCAUCACAUACCUGUUAACUCAUUCAUUGUGCUAGAAAAACCUAAAAAUGUGUGUCCGUUUUAUAUUGAUAUUGCAACUGAUCCCGGUCGCAUUCCACUUCCGAAUGCAUCGGCUUCUCAUUCCCCACCCCCAUCACAGGAAACCACGCCACCAAUUUACAGGACACCUCCUAAUCCCGGAUCCAUUUCUGCGACUGUGAAUCGCGGUUGUCCCAGAGUACAUUUUUCUGCACUUCCUAUUUUGCUGUCUUGUAUUUUAGCAUAUACCUUUAUUUGAUUGUAUAUGAAUAUGUAGAACCUUGCUCAACUGCUGAAGACCAAAAGGCUUAAAGCUACAGUGUGGUGAAAAUUAACCUGCGUUAAGUUGCAAGACUGUAACUCAGAACUAAACAGUAAACGACUGUGGUGACGUACAAAGAAGCUGAGGAAGUUCGGGCGUAUUGAACUUCAUCGUGUGCAUGCAACGUUUAAUUUAGAAUACAAGGAUUUAGUAAUUACUCAUAUCUGCAUUAGCAUGGAAUUUGAAAUAUUUGCCGUCAGGGUAAAUGUUAGUUAAUUGAGAGAAAAGAAAAUUAUGAGGCUAUUUUUUUAAUGUAAAUUACAGUUUUUACAUCUCAAAAUAAUGAUAAUGAUACUUAAGGAUCUUGCCGAGUUGUUGGGGCUUUACAUCACUUCUUAAUGGUUUACUUUAAAUAUAAUACCUUAAAGGGUAUUUUGAAAUAAAUAAAUUCCUUGAAAAGUUAAAGCUCGAUGGUUUGAUGGAUGUAGUAGAAUAUGUCUGUGUGGAGUUUGGAACUUCACUCUUUGGCUAUGGUGCUUUAGUAUGCAAUGACUAUCUAUGAACUCGAGAUUAUUAUUGUGUAUUUCUGAUAUUCAUGAUCAUUUUCACAGAUUUGAUUUUUAUAAUGAUUGACUGAUACAAACGAAUAUUGUAUCUUAGAAAAAUGGGCGUAUCAGCUGGAUGUAGGCAUAAAAUCUUAUCUAUCAUAAUUCAUUUGUUUUUUAUUUAAACAAAAAUGAUUUUAAGUGUUUUUAAAUAUAAUACUGCACAUGCGCAAAUACUGCACAUGCGCAAAAAUACCGUAUGGCUAUUCUAUAAAGGAGGUUAGUGUAAACGUAAGAAAUGUACAUGUAUAGUAGGAAAUACAUAACACUGUACAUAUCUUAAUAUAUUAUUUUAUAUUAUAUUAUUUUAAUUACUAUGUUAUGACUUUCGCGUAUUUCAUUUAUUUAAUUGUUCAUAUCAGUGAUACUAUGCUUUUAUUUCUACAAAGUAGUGCUACAAUAGAAAUGUGUGUUUGUAUGUGAGUGUGUUGUGUGUGUGUGUGUGUGUGUGUUCUGAAUGAAUAUGAUUUACAUACGUAACUUGUAAGUGGUAAUACUUUCAAAGUAUUAUUUUCAUUCACAAUGUAUAUUGACUUAAUUUAAUGUAUAUGCACUUACUUUGUCCAACUUGUUACAUUGUUGCAUUUUACUAUAUUGAAGCAGAGUAAGGUUUCAUCUUUCUAUCGAUGUUGAACUUUUUAAAUACUUGAUGUGAUAUGCAUGUGUCAAACUUUCUGUGUUUUGUUUUAAGUAAUGUAGAAUAUGAUUCUGCUUUUGAUAUAUCACCUUUAAAUAUAUUAAUUUUAUCUAAUUAUAUGAAACUUAUAUAUUGUUGUAGGUUUAGAAUGUUAUAUAUAGACAAUGCUUUAUUUCCAAAUAUUUUAGUUUACAUUAAAUUUUAAAACUUGGAGAUAAGGAAGAACAGUGUUUUAGAAAAUCACGGGAUUUGAACUAUUUCUGAUGUAAGAGUAAUUGUUUCAUAUUCGUUACUCUACUUUCACCUUCAUUUUUCAUAAUCACUUUUAUUUACAAACUUAAUUAUGUUUUUUUUAAAAAUAAGAACAACAAAAAUAUACUGUAGAAAAUUUUGCUUUUUAUACAAAAAUCCUUUUGAUUUUGCAAUGUAAAUUCUUAAAAAUGAUUUUACUGUUGGACACACUUAGUAAUUAUUCAUUGCAUGUCAAGCAGAUUUGAAUUCGAGGAAAAACAUCAUAUAUUCCAGAUAUUUUUUUUCAUCACCUGAAAUUUACAAAUGAAUGUAACUCUUGUACAUGUAACCUUCAAACACGUUUGGAGUAAUGUUUUCAAAGAUUGAAAUACAUGCUUAGAUAAGAACGA